ACCCUAAUGCGUACAUUUGUUCGCCUUGAUUUCGUUUCAGCCUCCUCUCUAUAUUCAACUCGAUCUAUUCGAAAUACUAGUCUCCUGAACUACAAUGGCAGGGAAAGGUGAAGGUCCGGCGAUCGGUAUAGAUCUCGGCACUACGUACUCGUGCGUUGGUGUCUGGCAACAUGAUCGUGUUGAGAUCAUCGCCAACGACCAGGGUAACCGUACGACGCCGUCGUAUGUGGCGUUUACUGACUCUGAGCGUCUCAUUGGUGAUGCUGCCAAGAAUCAGGUCGCCAUGAAUCCCAUCAACACAGUUUUUGAUGCAAAACGUCUCAUUGGUAGAAGAUUCUCGGAUGCCUCAGUACAGAGCGAUAUCAAAUUGUGGCCUUUUAAGGUCGUUCCUGGUGCUGGUGAUAAGCCAAUGAUUGUUGUAAGCUACAAGGGCGAGGAAAAGCAAUUUUCAGCUGAAGAAAUUUCUUCCAUGGUUCUCAUCAAGAUGAAGGAGAUAGCAGAGGCUUUUCUUGGAUCAACAGUAAAGAAUGCAGUUGUCACUGUACCUGCUUACUUUAAUGAUUCACAGCGUCAAGCCACUAAAGACGCUGGUGUCAUUUCUGGUCUAAAUGUCAUGCGUAUCAUUAACGAACCAACAGCAGCAGCUAUUGCCUAUGGACUAGACAAGAAGGCCACAAGUGUUGGAGAGAAGAAUGUGUUGAUCUUUGAUCUUGGUGGUGGUACCUUUGAUGUCUCCCUCCUCACAAUUGAGGAAGGAAUCUUCGAAGUAAAAGCCACUGCGGGUGACACCCAUCUUGGAGGUGAAGACUUUGACAACAGAAUGGUGAACCACUUCGUCCAAGAAUUCAAGAGAAAGCAUAAGAAGGAUAUCACUGGAAACCCAAGAGCAUUGAGGAGAUUGAGGACGUCCUGUGAAAGGGCAAAGAGAACACUCUCUUCCACAGCCCAAACAACCAUUGAGAUUGAUUCCCUGUUUGAGGGUAUUGAUUUCUACUCAACCAUUACCCGUGCCAGAUUUGAAGAGCUGAACAUGGAUCUGUUCAGGAAGUGUAUGGAGCCUGUUGAGAAAUGUUUGAGGGAUGCCAAGAUGGAUAAGAGCACCAUUCAUGAUGUUGUUCUUGUUGGUGGGUCUACUAGGAUUCCGAAGGUCCAACAACUGCUUCAGGACUUCUUUAAUGGAAAAGAGCUCUGCAAGAGUAUCAACCCUGAUGAGGCUGUUGCUUAUGGUGCUGCUGUCCAGGCUGCCAUCUUGAGCGGUGAGGGAAAUGAAAAGGUUCAAGAUUUACUUCUUUUGGAUGUCACCCCCCUGUCUCUUGGAUUGGAAACUGCAGGAGGUGUCAUGACUGUGCUCAUUCCAAGGAAUACAACCAUUCCCACAAAAAAGGAACAAGUUUUCUCCACAUACUCUGAUAACCAACCAGGUGUGCUCAUCCAGGUGUACGAAGGUGAGAGGGCAAGAACAAGGGAUAACAACUUGUUGGGUAAAUUCGAGCUCUCUGGUAUUCCUCCUGCCCCUAGGGGUGUCCCCCAGAUUACUGUUUGCUUUGACAUCGAUGCCAAUGGCAUUUUGAACGUCUCUGCUGAGGACAAGACAACUGGACAGAAGAACAAAAUCACAAUCACUAAUGACAAGGGCAGGCUGUCUAAGGAUGAGAUUGAAAAGAUGGUGCAGGAAGCAGAGAAGUACAAGGCUGAGGAUGAGGAGCAUAAGAAGAAGGUGGAGGCCAAGAAUGCGUUGGAGAAUUAUGCCUAUAACAUGAGGAACACAGUAAAGGAUGAGAAGAUUGGAUCCAAGUUGAGUGCCGAUGACAAGAAGAAGAUUGAGGAUGCCAUUGAUCAGGCAAUCUCGUGGUUGGAUAGCAAUCAGCUCGCAGAAGCUGAUGAGUUUGAAGAUAAGAUGAAGGAGUUGGAGGGAGUAUGCAAUCCCAUAAUUGCCAAGAUGUAUCAGGGUGGUGUUGCCCCAGACAUGGAUGAGGAUGCUGCUGGUCCUACUCCGGCCGGCGGCAGUGGUGCUGGCCCUAAGAUAGAAGAGGUCGACUAAGCAAUUUGGUUCUUUCUAUUUUGUUCACGUUUGGACUUCGUGCUGUCUUUGCCUUUUGUAUUUUUUUUGCAUUCCUUUCAUCAUUAAGAACGCCGUACUUUCUUUUUAGAGGAUAUAUGUCCUCGAAGAUCUAUCCGUUUUUGUUAUCCUAUAUAUAUCAAGGGGACCAUCUUUUUGCUAUAUGUCUCGAGCUAUUUUGUUAGAAUCCGUUCUUUGCAACUCGUGUACUUCCUACGGUUAUAUUCGUGCCUGACUAAUAAUCUAAUAUUGAGCAGGAUUAAAUCUUUUGCAGUUAUUUGCAUUUUGAAUCAGUAGACUAAGAUUCGGUUGCCCCCUUUAGAGCAACCGCAGGUUUUCUAGUGAAGAUUAAGUGCGCCAUGUCAUCAAUUAGGACAUUUAUGUAUUCAAUUUGGUAUCCAAUGCAGGUACUCUUCUGAUGAUGUGGCAAAAAAAAAUUAAAUAGUGUAAAGGGCAAGGUGCGCGCUGCUAGAACAUGCUGACUAGGCUAAACCGAUAAACUCAUCUAAAAAACCUUCUUCUCUUCAUUACCGCCGCUUCAGAGGAGAUUGGAUGUUCGACAUGGACGGAGCAGCUCCUGUUCGGAGCUAAUCAUCUAAUCGGCACGUCGUCCCUUUUCAAACAACCGUUGAAGGAGUGAAUUUGGUGGGGGAUUUAAUCGCCGGCGUCGCCGCUACAUAUAUGGAAGAAGCGGUGUACAUGUCCUUCCGUCGGAGUCCGGCCUUCAGUUGUCCGGCACCACCAAGAGAGCUUUCAAGUCGUGUAUCCUGCACAGUGCGAUGGAAAGCUCUCUACCAGGAACAAAUCCUACGCAAUUGGUGUUGUAGCUAGGGAUGGACCCGGGUCGGGCCCGGGUCGGGUCAAGGCCCGGUCGGGCCUCGGGUCCUAUAACGGUAGGCUCGGGACCGGCCUGGUCAAUGACCGGUUCCGGUUCGGGCCGGGUCACCCGCCCGGGUCACGGUUCGGGCCACCCGCCGGGCCGGGCCGGGUCAGUACAAUUUUUUUUAUUAUUAAUUAUAUAUUAUACAAAUUGCUAUUAAAAACAAAGUUCAAGUACAUUUAUUUGAAAUAAGAACUACAUUUGAGAAUUGAGAAAAAA